GAUGAUUGAACCUCCAAUAACAAUUUUAUUAAUUGGACAAACUGGAAGCGGAAAGUCCACAAUCGCAAAUGUAAUCAGUGAUACCAAUAAUUUCAAAGAAAGUGAAUACGGUGUUGAGAGAGAAGUAUUGACAAAAAUUGCCGAUGCCGCCGAUAUGGUCAGAGACGGGUUAAACCAAAUUUUCUUCGUCACGAGUGGUCGGUUCACUGAAACGGAAGUUCAAGUGUAUACUUUACUCCGAACAGUCUUCUUCGCCGAAGACAUGGGGAAAUACACAACGAUUGUUCGAACAAAGUUUCCGAGUUUCAGAAACAUUUCUAAAUGCAAGAAGGAUGAACAAAGAAUGAUCGAUGAAAACGAAGAUGUUGCAGAGAUCAUUAAAAACUGCAAGAGCUUUAUUCACGUCAAUAAUCUGACUGAAGAAGAAGAACCUCGGUCAUCCUCAAGGGAUGAAUGUAGAUCUAUAUUGAGAAAACAUCUUAUUUAUAAUUGCAAAGAGAUUUAUAGACCAAGAAAUUUAAAUGAAUUAAAUGAGAGAAUUAAAAAUCAUAUUACUGAUAAAAAGCAGAUGCGAGAGGAGAUCGAUAAUAUCAAGGAGCGAUUGAACCAAUCCGAAGCAAACGCGAAAAAAGCAACCGAUGAGGCGAAUGAAUUAGAAGACAAAUUACAACUCGAAUUUAAGAACCAGUUACAUGAAAAAGAAAUAUCCAUGCAAAAUCAGAACGAAAAAAUUAUCCAAAUUAUAGUCGAUCAAAUGAAUUCUAAACUUGAGGAGAUUAAAGAAAGGGAUAUUUUAGUAAUUAAUCAAUUAAACAAACAGAUUAACGAACAACAAUCUAGGUACGACCAAAUGCUUGCCAGACAAAAAUCUUAUUAUGAAGAUAUAAUAAAAAGAGAAAAAGACGAACAAAGAGAAAAAGACGAACAAAGAGAAAAAGACGAACAAAGAGAAAAAGACGAACAAAGAAAAAAAGACGAACAAAGAGAAAGAAACGAACAAAGAUCAAACUGCUAUAUAUUAUGA